AACAAGGGCGGGUAACUGCAACCCAGAAACCACAAAGGGAGAAGUACACGUCCAACGUAUUAAAAUGUGACAACUCCUUUAGAUUUAAGGAUUUCCUCUAACUUGGUAUGUGGUUAUCCAAGUCUAAGACCAGCUGUAACGAGGACACCAGCAACAAGCAGACUCCCCAAAGACCGGGAGUCAGUGGCAGCCAGCAGCAUGACCUGUUUAACAAACGCAAGAGACGGAGGUGGGAGGCCAGUGAUGAGAAUCUUGACGACUGUCUCCCAGUGUCUGAAAAACCCACUACCGCUAAAAAGACAAAAGCCACCACAAGUGCUAGUCAGUAUGAGGAUGAUGUGUCUGAUGAGGAGUAUGUCAUCAUUGACUUGUUCUCCUCUGAUGAAUCUGAUAAUAAGACUGUGUCACACAAACCAUCCUCCCAGAAGAAAAAGACUCCACAUGACCCCGGGAAUAUUGCUGCAAAUUCACAGGUGUCUCCAAUCUACAACACCUCAUCUAUCUUCAAGAAAUUCCAAAAUCAAAGUGAAACAAGAGGAACAAGGUCUUCAAGGCAAGAUUUUGCUGAUGAGCUGAUGUUUACACAGGAUGCAGGCGGCACUGAUUUACCUGAGAUAUCCUGGCCAAAGAGAAGGACUCACAGACAGUCUCAGAUACACAGUUCCGCUUCUAGCCAGAGUCAGGCCAGUCAGUCACCCAAGAGGAACCAAAGUAUGUCCCAGAUCGUAAGCGAGUCAUCUCAGAUAUCCACAGUUCUAGUUCUGACUCAGAGGACAUGUUGGGUGAAAAGUUGGUAACACUGAAGAGUCCUGCAAAGGAACAGUGUCCUGACUCUAAAAGUAAUCCAAGUAAUAAGAGUUCUGUUCAGGUUAUGAAAUCCUCAGGAGACACACUUACUGCCUUGAAACCAAGACCUAACAAGCUCUCUCUCAGCAAAAAAGAAACCAAACAUUUCAUCUGACAGUUUUUCAGACUUUGUGAUACUAGAAACCUCCAAUACCGAAUCUUCAUCAGAUGAAAUACCCGCAAACAAGCAAAA